CUCCUCCAUCAAAUUCAUCAACCUUCCUAGUAAAUACAUAAUCAUAUUGAAUUGAAUUAAUCACAUCUCAAAAUGCAGGCAGCUUUGUUUUUUACAACAUCAUCUAUUCCCCUAGUAAAACCUCCCAAGCCCUCAGCAACAUCACCUUUGAGAUGUGUUUCAACUCAUCUCAAAAUUACUCACAUUAAAGCAACUCCAGUUGACACUUCCACUGUUGACUAUAGCUCCAUGAACUCAUCAGUGUUUCCUGCUGAAGCUUGUGAGACAAUAGGAGGAGAAGCUUGUGAUGUUGAAAUGUAUCCUGAAACCAAACUGAAAUCUACACCCUCAGCCACAGCCUCAAGCAAUACUCCAUCUACGGAGAGUGUAGACAGAGAAUAUCUUGCCUAUAACGAACCUAAAACUGUAUUCUUAUCAGAAGCUUGUGAUGAUCUUGGAGGAGAAUUUUGUGAAGCAGACUAUCAGACUGGAGUUUACUAAGACUAGUACUCUUGAUUAUUGUUCAUAUCUAUAUGUAGAUAAUUAUUUAAUAACAUGAGUGAAUUUAUGCUA